UUUUGUGUUUUGACGCCGUGGGAAAAAUAGUUCCGCUUCGAUGUCUGAUUGUAUCGUGUUUAGUGCCGGACAAUGUUUUUGCACCCAAUUUGAAUCCAUUAACUUUCCCCGGAAAAUAAACAAAUGACCCCAAGAAUAUUGUUAUAGAAUUUAUUUGAUUUGCAUGAUCUGACGAAUUUCCAAAUGAAGAACGACAAUUCAACUAUGCUUAAUGACAAUACCAAAGUUUUGCCACUACAAAGGGUCGAUGUUGGACAAUCCGAAGUUAUUGUGGGUGCCUCAAAAGCCAUUGCCCGUUUGGAUGAUCCACGAUUCAAUAUAAGACCGGUACAGCAAGUUGCAUCAGCCUGUACCGGUGCGAUGUUGACGGCAUGUUUCAUGACACCGUUGGAUGUGAUCAAAACCCGUCUGCAGGCCCAACAAGCCAAGAUGUCUAACAAAUGUUUUCUUUAUUGCAAUGGCUUAAUGGAUCAUUUGUGUCCUUGUGAUGCCAAAGCUUCCUUUCCUGAUGUUAAACCUAUUAAACCUCUAAAUGGCACCAUUGAUGCAUUUUUUCACAUAAGCCGCACUGAGGGUAUACGUUCCUUGUGGUCCGGCCUGGGUCCCACAUUAAUAUCAGCUCUUCCAUCGACAAUUAUUUACUUUGUAGGCUAUGAACAAUUUAAAUCGAAAUUUUUGGAAUUCCAUUAUAAGUACCUGGCCGAAGUAAAAGGUUCUCCACGUGGACGAGACAUUCCCCUUUUGGUACCCCUUUUGGCCGGCGUUACGGCACGUAUUUGUGCUGUAACGUUUGUGAAUCCUGUUGAGCUAAUUCGCACCAAAAUGCAAUCUGAAAAAAUGACCUACGCCCAAAUGACAACAGCCAUAAGAAAUGUGAUACAUUCACAGGGCAUAUGGGGUCUGUGGCGUGGUCUACGUCCCACUAUACUACGUGAUGUACCCUUUUCUGGCAUAUAUUGGGCAUCCUAUGAAUCAAUUAAAUCGCAUUAUGGUGUGACUGAGCCAAAAUUCACCUUCAGUUUUAUAGCGGGUGCUGUCUCUGGGUCGAUAGCGGCAACAGUCACAACCCCCUUCGAUGUCGUUAAGACCCAUGAACAAAUUGAAUUUGGAGAAAAAGUUAUAUUUGCAGAUAAGCCUGUGAAACAAUUACCCACCGCCAGCCUCAUUAAACGGCUUGCCACAAUAUAUGCAACAAAUGGUGUUUCGGGUCUCUUUUCCGGCUUGGGACCACGUUUAUUUAAGGUGGCUCCGGCAUGCGCCAUAAUGAUUUCUACUUUCGAAUAUAGUAAAUCAUUUUUCUAUCAUUACAAUGUAGAAAAAUACAGUGAGAAAAUGAGAAACCAAUAGGGAAACUCUAGAAAUCCGAAUCGGAUUGCAUGCUAUUAUUCUUUGUACUCAUAAUCAGGUACCUAUGUUUUGUAAAAAAAUGUUGGAUGAAAUUUCUUGUAAUUAUUUAAAAUUGUGCUAUUACAAAAGGUUUUCAUCAAUCAUUUAAACACAAAAAUUUUCCUUCAGCUGUGUGUAAUAUUUGCUAUUGUUAUUGUUUUUAGUUUAUGAUUUAAGCUAAUCUAUGAUUAUUAUUUGUUAAUAUGUUAAUAUAUAUUUUUGCAAAAAAUAUGAAUUAAAAAUGAACCUGGCAAAUGAUUUGCACAAAAACUUGUAUAUGAUGUAAAUAAAGAAAAUAUUGUUAAUUAUAUUUUAAAGAAGAA